AUGGACGCCAUGAAGCUAUUCACAAAGGCCGGCUUAUUCCUGGCUCCGCUACUCCUUGCAGGAGCCAAUGCCUCACCAUGGAUUGGAACAAGAUAUGUCGCAAUCAUUGAGACAACCAUUGAAGACAGCGGCUAUACGGGCGCAUACUUCACGGAUGAUCCCAUUGUUGAGACAUCUAUCAUCCCCAUCUCCCCUACUGCAACCAACCCUUCCGUCAUCAGCACGUUCACAUCCGUCGACGGGUACAUCACCUCCGAUGUAACGGCCAUCAACCUCGUUGUGGCUCCAACAGCCGGUGUCGAGAUCACAAGCAACCCUUACUACAACUACUAUGUCAAUGUGGUCUAUACGGCUCCAGCAUCCUGCUCCAUCACAACCGGCAGGACCCUUACAACUGCUAUUCCCAUCUAUAUCCCCGGCGAUGCAGAGGGCCUAAUACAGCCUACCACUGUUGUUACUAGCACAGAAACAUACCAGUAUAUCACCGACCGAAUAACCUAUACCCAGGCCAUGCUGGACCCCAACGACAUCCCGAGCAGUGUCUUAGCCACAGCUAGCUCUUACUUCGCCCCUGCGCGGUAUACUGUCUGCGGCAACAGUAACAGCUAUUACACCAGCGGCGUUAGCAGUGGCGGGGACAGCAGCGGCAGCGGUGAUUACUCUGGCUGUGAAAAAUUCACUUGGUAUCUUGGUAACUCCGCCUUCUCGGGUGGAUACUGCUGCUCCGACGGCUGCCAUUAUACCUGGGGUAUUGCACCUUGGGGACUGGCCCUAGCCAUCUUCUUUUCAUGGUUCGGGUUUUUCCUCAUUAUCGGCCUCAUCGAGAGUUGGUUCAUGUUCCGCAGGGCGAUGCUCGGCCAGAAAGCCCGACGCGGGUCGCCGUACGCCUUUGCGUUCCUGUGUCCAAUCCUCUCGUGCUUCCUCCUUCUCACGGUGAAGAAGUACGACCCCAAAACUCCCGAUCAACAGGCAUGGCUAGUAGGGAGAUGGAAGUAUAUGUCUGGUGGUGCGAAGACGGGCCUGUGGUUAAAGAAAUUCUUCAGUCGCCGCGACCCCGCUGCUGAGGCAUUAGGCUUCACGGGACCUGUGCCUCCGCCCCAAGCGCAAUAUCCUCAGGGCCCUGUCUAUCCUCCUAUGGGAGCCCCACAGGCCCCAGGUAUGCCGCCUGUGGCUGCCUAUCCUCCACCCCAGCAGGUAUACACCCAUCCGCCAGAGCACCCCGUGUCUCAAACGGCUCCAAGAACAGAGGAGCCUAAUGGAGACAGCCAACCUAAAACGGUUGAUGUGAGUGAGACUGAGAGACCUCACUGA